AUGCUUAGAUUUGUAGCCAGAAAUCUCAAUAAUGUUUAUAAAUUUUCCGAAUUGUAAAAGUUCGGAGCCUCUUUUCUUGGUUCUGGAAACGCCGAGUAUUUGGAAAAUCUAUUUGAUUAAUGGUAUUUGGAUAAUAAAUCAGUCCCUGCCACUUGGGAUUCAUAUUUCAGACAAGUUUUGGAAACGAAUAAUUUUGAUUUCACUCCUGAACCUUAGAAAGGUUAAGCAGUUACAGCUAGAUUGGAUGUAUGAAUAAUCUAAAAGCCAUUAGGGGUAAUCAGGAUUAAGGAAAUUACUGAGUGAUCACUUUCGAGUGUUGUUGCUCAUAAACAAAUACAGACAUAGAGGACAUGAGAAGUCAUAGGUGGAUCCAUUGGAUUUAGAGCACAUUUAGUAAAUAGGCAAAGUGAAAGGAUAUACUAAAUUGGAUUAUCGUGAAUUUUUCGCAGAAGAGGAUUUGGACAGAGAAUUUUAUAUACACGCUGUGGGAAGCACAGGAAUAACAAAGGAUAAAUAAAGUAAGGGAUUGUAAUAGUAAUUAGUGAUGAAAUUGAGAGACCUAAUAAAUUAUUUAGAAAAGGCCUAUUGCGGAAAAAUAUCAUAUGAAUACAUGCACAUUCAAUCAAACGAGGAAAGAGAUUGGUUUAGACAUCAAAUAGAGAAAUAUGAUGAAUUUAUGCCGAGUAAAGAGCAGAAAUUGAAAACUUUUGAGAGGUAUAGAUUAAUUUGAUCAUAACAAAUAGAUUAGGACAGGAACAUGCAUUUAGUACGUUUUUGCAGAAGAAAUUCAAUACAUCAAAGAGAUUUGGUAUAGAAGGUUGUGAUUCUAUGAUUUCUGGUUUGUAAUCGUUAAUAGAUGAAGCAGCAAGUGCAGGUGCAGAACAUGUAGUAUUUGGGAUGGCGCAUAGAGGAAGAUUAAAUACACUUUACAAUGUAUUCUAGAAAUCAGCAGAAGAAAUCAUGGUUGAAUUCUAGGAUUUGAAGAGUACAUUUAAUGAAGAUAUUUGGGGUAAUUCUGGAGAUGUGAAAUAUCAUUUGGGUUCAGUUCAUAAUGUGUUAUUUGGAGAUAAGAAAUUGAGAUUGGAAAUGUUGCCUAAUCCAUCUCAUUUAGAAACUGUGGAUCCUUGUGUCUAUGGAAAAGUCAGGGCUAUAUAAGAUUAUUUCCAGGAUGAAAAGAGAGAAAAGGCUUUUGGAGUGUUGAUUCAUGGAGAUGCUGCAGUUUCAGGUUAAGGAAUAGUUUAUGAGUCUUUACAAAUGGCAGAUUUAGAAGGUUACAAGUCAGGAGGUAUUGUACAUGUGGUAUCCAACAAUUAAAUCGGAUUCACUACUGUUCCUAAGGACAGCAGAUCUGGGUUGUAUUGCACAGAUAUAGCACAUGCUAUUUAAGCACCAGUCAUUCAUGUCAAUGCUGAUGAACCUGAAUUAGUUGACAAAGUGUUUAAGAUUGCUACCGAAUACAGAUAUAAGUUCAAGAGAGAUAUCUUUAUUGAUUUGGUUGGAUAUAGAAGAUAUGGUCAUAAUGAGUAAGAUCAGCCUAAAUUUACUUAACCCAUAAUGUAUGAGAAGAUUGACAAGGCUCCUCCUGUCUUCAUUAAAUAUAGCGACAAAUUGAUUGCUUAAGGUAUCGUGACCAAAGAACAAGUGGACACUUUGAUGAAGACUCACGAAGACAAUCUUGAAUUGGCAUAUUAGAAGUCUAGAAAAAUGGAUUACAAUCUCAAGGAUUGGCAACCAGUGCCAUGGGAAAUGAUCAAAGUUCCAGUCCUUUGGGGAAGAAUCAAAGAUACAGGUGUUCCUUUGAAUGUUUUAAAAACAUUAGGGGAAAAAAUCAAUAAGAUACCUAAUGAAUUCAAUGCUCAUCCUUAAAUCAGGAAAUUUUAUGAAGAGAGAUUGUCAUGGAUUCAAAAGGAUCAACCUAUUGAUUUUGCUACUGCUGAAGCUUUGGCAUUUGGAACUCUUCUUCAUGAGGGAUUCAAUAUCAGAUUAUCAGGAGAGGAUGUUUAAAGGGCAACCUUCUCCCACAGACAUGCAGUUAUACAUGAUCAAAAGGAUCCUAACGGUUAAGAUUAUGUCCCUUUGCAUAAUGUUAUUCCCAAGGGACAAGAACAAAGACUCAGUAUUUACAAUUCUCAUUUAUCUGAAUACGGAGUUCUUGGGUUCGACUAUGGUUACUCUAUCACAAAUCCAAAUACCUUGGUGUUAUGGGAGGCAUAAUUUGGUGAUUUUGCAAAUGGAGCCUAAAUUAUUAUCGAUAAUUAUAUAGCUAGUGCAGAAUCCAAAUGGGAUGUUGAUAGUGGAUUGGUUAUGUUGUUACCAAAUGGUAUGGAUGGUCAAGGACCAGAACAUAGUUCAGGGAGAGUUGAAAGAUUUUUGUAAUUGAGUGAUGAUGACCCUGCCGUUUUUGACAAAAAUCUCGGAGGUAAUCUAAUGAUUUAUAUCAACUAGUCAGAUUAACAAGACAGAUGAGAAAUUCAAAUAUGUAAAUUGUUUAAUGCACUACUCCUGCCAAUUACUUCCAUGCUCUUAGAAGACAAUUAAGAAGAGAUUUCAGAAAACCGUUGAUUGCUAUGACAUCCAAAAGACUUUUGAGACUGCAAGCUGCCAAAUCUAAGCUUACUGAACUUACUACACAAUUCAAUCAAGUUUAUGAUGAGGCUCUUCCAGAAUUCCUUGUUCAACCCAAUCAAGUCAAAAGAGUCAUAUUAUGUUCAGGCUAAAUUUAUUAUGAUUUACUCAAAAAAAGAGAAGACCUUAAACAAAAUGUAAUUCUAUUUCAUUUAUUUUUUUUAGAAUGUUGCUAUUCUUAGAAUUGAACAAUUGGCUCCAUUCCCUUAUGAGUUCUUAUAAAAAAUUAUUGGUAAAUACAAUAAUGCAGAAUUCGUCUGGGUCUAAGAAGAACAUAUGAAUUAUGGUCCUUGGGCAUUUGUCAGACCAAGAAUCUAAAGUGUACUAGCCAAGACUACAAACAUUUCAAAUUCACCUAUCCAUUAUAUUGGCAGAAGACCAAGCGGAUCACCAGCUACUGGUUUUCAUUAAUUGCAUGAUAAGGAAAUUUAGACUCUUCUAUAGAAGGCUUUUGAAAUUUGA